AUGAAACCACAAUAUACUCGAUUUGUCGUUUCGUCUAACAAUAAUCUUCAAUUUAAUUCUCAAUUACAAAGUUCAUCGAACUUCAAACCUAUACACGAAGGGGUGCAGCAACAAAAUAGUAUUUCUUCAAUUCGAGUUCUUAACGGAAUUAUAUCAUCACCUACAGCUACCUUACCGACUCGUCUUAUUAUUACAAAAAAUCCCACAACAAUAAAUUGUUCUAAUCAAAUAGCACCACUAGCAAUUAAUAAAUCAACAACUCACGCGGCAUCUCUUGAAAAAACAAACUUGUCUUUCAUUGAUACGCCGGUGACAGAAUCGAAAAUUGUUGAAUCUCUUUCAUUACAAAAGACACGCAAUACAAAUACAUUUACAACAACUAGUAAAUCAACAUCAUCAAGUUCAAAGCUGGAAAGUGAUUUAGUAUGUGUUGAAUCUGGAGAAAAUAAAACAAAAGAAACUAUCAAGAUACACAAAGAUAAGAAAAAAGGAGAGAGACCUUAUAAUGAUGAUUCUCUACUAACAGAUUCUAUGGUUAUUCAAGAAGCCCAACUCGUGGAUGUCGAAAAUAACUCACCAAUUGAUCUAAAUGCGACACAAAUAUCGCAAUCGGUCAAUGAUUGUGUGAUAACAUCAAAUGUUGAAGAAACAGCUAGUUCUAAUUUUAAUAUUGUCAAUGAAUCACCAAGUUCUUCUCGUAAUAAUUUUAUAAUGAAGUCUGGAACUCCUACAAUUAAUAAUACUACGAAAAAAAACAACAAACUUAAAAAAAAGCGCACUUCUGAAAUAAAGCUUGAUCUUAUGCAAGAACUUCUCGGAAAGAUCAAUGACGCAAAUGAAGCUGCAUGUCGAUCUGAAUCCCAAUGUCAACAAUUAUUACAUAAAUAUCGCCGCAAUUUAAAUAUAUUAAAUCAGCUUAUUAUAACUUUAUUAUCACAUUUGGAUAAUUCAUUGCAAAUUAACUGUCGUGCCAUGUGGUGUUUGAAUAGAAAUGCUACUUGGUGGAAUGAUGUGGUGCCACAUAUGACAGACAAAGAAUUUAAAUCAAAUUUUCGGCUUGAACGUUCAACUUAUUCGGAUCUUCUUCAACAAAUUUCACCAUAUUUACAAAAAUCUAAUACAAAAUUUCGAAGAAGUAUUCCUGUCAACAAAAUGGUAUGUUGUGCUUUGUACUUGAUUGGUUCUAGUGCAGAAUUAAGAACUGUAUGA